ACUUUGGGCUGCAGAGGCUGAACAACAAGCAUCCAGCUUUAAAACCAGGUACAAAACUGGUUCAGCUGACAGUAUAAAACCCUCCAGCUGAGGCCGAGGCAUCAGUCUCGUCUGAGUGCUCACCAAACCCGGAGGAGAGAGCUUCAACGAGCCCAUCAUGGGGGACUCAAAGCUCUGCCUUUUGCUGCUCCUCAGUACAUUGGCCUUGGCUUUUGCUCAAGAUGAAGAUCAUCCAAACUGUCUGUUGGCCCAAAGAUACAAGACCCUGCACAAGUACAAAUACCAAUAUGAAGCUGAGUCACUGAACGCCAUCAAUGGAGCCUCACAGUUGAAGAAUGGACCAAGGGCCUCUUGCAAGGUUGAAGUUGAAGUGCCUCAGACAUGCAGUUUCAUCGUUCGCACCACCGGCUGCAAGCUGAGUGAGGUGGUGGACACGAACGCAGAGGGCAACCCUGUGUUCGCUCCUGCUUCUAACUCCGAUGCCUUUGCUGCUGAAAUGGAAAAACAUCCUCUGAAGAUUGUAGUUGAGGGUGAGUACGACGUGAAACUGUACCCUGAGGAUGGCGAGACGACAACUAUCCUGAACUUUAAGAGGGGGAUCAUCUCCGCCCUGGCUGUGCCUCUACUAGAGGAAGACAAGAACAAGAACAUGCCCACUAUCCAUGGCAAGUGCAGGACCUACUACACCAUUAAUGCCAGAGAGGACAUCGCCACUGACAUCAGCCUGAACAGAGAUCUGUCCAGGUGUGAUCAUUUUGAACCAAUAAGAGAUCACAGCAGCCCUCUGGCACUCAUCACUGGCAUGCACUACUCUCUGGCUCAGAUGGUCAGAAGCUCCCAAACCUGCAACUACAAGUUUGACAAUGAGAAAAAACACAUGACCUCUGGGUCCUGCACUGAGAACCACAUCCUCGUUCCCUUCUCGCACAAAGGAAAAUAUGGCGUAACAAAUGUUGGAAAGCAGGAGUUGACUCUGGUUGAGGUUUCUACGCACAACGACAGAGUGUUUGACCACGGUGGCGUUGUCAAAGAUCUUCACAUGGAAGCUGUUGAGGACAAGAGUGCCGUCCAGGAUAAAGACACAUUUCUGAAUCUCGUGCGAGAACUAGUUGACUUGCCUGAGACCGAAGGCGAGAGGAGACCACACCUAUUCCACACACUUGUCUCCACAGUUCGUGGUAUGAGGACUGAAACCCUGCACGCUGCCAUUCCGGAGGCUGCUAGCGUGUCUCACGUUCUGACCUACCAGGUUCUGACUCAGUGUGGAACCCCAGAAUGCAGCAGCGCUAUCAUGCAUAUCCUCAGAACCAUUAACAAACAUUCACCUGAAGUUGAUGCUGCUGUGUUUGCUCUGGGAUUCUUGUCCAACCCCUCUGCCCUCCUAAUCCAUGACAUGCUCGAGAUGGCCAAAUAUAAGCCCAGCAAGCCCAUCAUGUAUGCUCUUAGCAACGUUGUCAAACAGUUUUACAAAGCUGAGGAAAAAGUGAUUCCUGAGAUCCUCUCUGUUGCGGAGUUCAUGACUUUUCAGUUGGGAGAUUGCACUGGCCAACAGGACCAGACUUUUAUGACACUCAGAGUGGUUGGAAACAUGGCUCCAGCUGUGGUUCCUGCCAGUCCUGCUCUCCGUGCUGCUGUGAUAAAUUGUGUGAAGCAACCAGCAGCCUCCCAAGAAGUGCAACAAGCUGCUAUUCAAGUGUACAGGCUGAUUCCAGUCCCUAACGAGGUAAGAGAGGUGUUCAUGCAGGUGCUUUUGGACAGUAGCAAAUCUGUGCAAGAGCGAAUCGCUGCAUACCUGAUACUAAUGAAGGAUCCACAGCCAAGUGAGCUCACCCAACUGAGUAAAGUUUUGUCCCGUGAGGAGGACCACCAAGUCAAGAGCUUUGUAAUAUCCCACAUAACCAACAUUCUGUCCUCAACCGAGACUGAGACCCAAGAAUUGAGACAGAAGAUUCAGGAUGCCCUGCAAGGCAAUGAAAUUGACCCCACCAUGGACCCCAUUAACUUUUCUCGUCACUACAAGAUUGGAUCUCUGGAGGGAAACAUGAUCUUUGAGGAAGUUGGAUACCUACCCAAAGAGGUUAUGCUUGAAAUGACUUUGAAGGCAUUCGGCUUUGAGAUUGACAUGAUGGAGAUUGGUAUGGAUGGCAAAGGAUUUGAACCAGUGGUUGAAGCCUUGUUUGGAGAGAAGGGAUUCUUCCCUGACACUGCCAUGAAGACUAUGUGCUUUGUCUCAGACAAAAUGCCAUGUGUAGUCAAUGACAUACUAGAGAACAUUGUGCCUGCACUGAAGAAGAACAGGAUGAAGAGACAGACUUCCCAGCACCUACUGAAAGAAAUUGGACAGAACUUUGACAAACUGGUAAAACAACUUCAGGGUCAAAACUUUCCAGAAGCAAUGGUUUAUCUCAGGCUCUUGGGGAAUGAGCUGGGAUAUCUGGGGAGUCAGGAUAUUGAGGAGAUUAUCUACUGGCUUAGCAUGAGGCUUGGAAACAUGUACAUGAUGUUCCCAGGAAAUAUAAUAAAGUCACUGCUGACUAACCCUGACACCACAAUAUUUGCCCACUACAUCUUCAUGGACAAUGAAUUCUUCCUGCCAACUGUCACUGGUGUGCCUCUGAGGAUUGCGCUGUCUGGUACUUUCACACCUGGUUUUAAAGGUGGACUUCAGAUUGAUCGUGGCAUGACCUUCAGCUUCAUGCCAUCUGGUGGCAUUGAGUUCAUCACUCAGAUUGGUUCCCACAUUCCUGAAUAUGUUAAUUCUGGAUUGGAGAUGCACACCAAUAUUUUCCAUGAGGGUGGAAUCAAAGCCAAGAUCUCCAUGGAAAGUAAUCAAGUUAAGCUAACAAUCCCUGCACCAACCCAACCUACAAAGCUCAUUAAAAUGACAAACACCUUGGUGGCUGUAACUGGGUCAGAAGUUAAGACUAUUCCUCCACUGGUGAUGGAUAAAGUUGAUGUUAGCAAGUGCACUUCUGCCUUUGCUGGAAUGAACUUUUGCACAGCUCUGCAGUACGUCGACGCUUUCUCUCAUGAAACAGCCCCUUAUUUCCCCUUCACCGGUGACAGCAAAUUUGCUGUGGAGCUCCACCCAACUGGAGAAGUCACAGAGUACACAGUCACUGCUGCCUAUGAGCUCCUGAACGAGGGAGAAGAAGGCCAGCAGAAGGUCGACUCUCUGAAGUUUAUCCUGCGAGCUGAAGGGGCUGAGCCAACUGAGGCUAGAUUAGCCAUGAAAUACAACAGAAGAAAGAAUAUCAUCUCAGCAGACAUCCAGAUCCCUGACUAUGAUGUGGAGGCUGGGUUCUGGCUUGGUGUUGUUGAUGGAAACACCAAAGGCCAAGGAACUCACUCUAUCACACUUGAGUUCAUAAACAAGAACAUUCCAGAGCUCUCCCUUCUUGGACGUGCCAAGCUGAGGGCCAUGAAAGAGGGCAUGUUCCAAUUCCAGGUUCAGGUUCCUUCAAUCAAAGCUGAAUCCACUGUCACAGCUUACCUGAAUCGUGAAAAAGAAAAAGAACUGGAACUUGAAAGUAAAAUGAAGAUAAUGGACACCACCUCUGAGCAGAAAAUUGACAUAAAAUAUGAUGGCAGCAAGAUUGAAGUUGAGGUCAAGUCUGAAAUGAACACCAAGACAAACUCCCUGCCAAAUGGUGAAUUUAUUGAGAAGUAUGCCAAUGAGAUUCUUGACAUGCAAGUGGGACAGACUGACAUGAAGGUCCGUCACAUCUUCAAGAAGUUUGUUGAGGCUGCGAACAAUUACAUGGAAAAGUAUGGUGCUGAAAUGCUCCCUUACAUGCAGAACUUCAGACUGCCGGAUAUACCAGAGAUUUCCCUGCCAGAGACACUCUUCCUGAAUACCAAGGCAAAGGCUGUCUACCACUUUAACAAUGAACAUUUCACAGUUAUAAUCCCACUGCCUUUUGGAGGAAAGUCAACAUCAGACUUUAACUUUCCACCAGCUCUGACCACUCCAAGCCUGUCUUUACCCCAUUUUGGACUGGAAAUUGUCUCCAGAGAAAUCCCAAUCCCAGAUCUUGCUUUGCCUACUAAUUGCACACUGUCUAUUCCUCUGUUUGGCAAAGCUGAGUUUUCAACAAAGAUGACAAGCAAUCUUUAUGAUAUAGAGGCUACACUGAAUGCUGGAAAAGAUGUUGAGGAACCACCAAGCUAUUCAGCAAAGUUUGAUCUGAAAGGAAAUUCCCCAAUUGACAUCCUCUCAGUAGCAGUUGCAGGUUCUGGGAUGGUGACCAUGAGUGAUUCCAUCAAGGCCCAUUUGACAAGCUCUUUAACCCACAAGUUUAUUGAAGCUAAAAUUAGCAUUGAAGAAGAUGGAGUCAUCACUGACAAAAUCAAUUUGAAAUCAGUGAGCAAACUAAAAGCCACAAGUCCAUUUGGUCUUAAUAUAUCACUAGAACACAGUGGUAUGGCUGGAAUCAACACUGAGGAGUUUUCUGGUGACAGUACAAUUGAGGGAUUAGUCAAGGUUGGACCAAUCUAUGGCAAGACCAUUUCAACGCAGUCAUUUAUCGUGGUACCAUUUAGGUCAGAAGCAAAAAUGAAUUCUCAUGUUCAGUUUGACUCCACAAUUCUUGAUGCCCAGAACACAAUCACAGCAACCUUUAGCAAUGGUGAAUUCGCAUUCGUGUCCAACACCAAGGCCUUUGAAGAUGUUUACACUCACAGUGCUGAACUUUCCUUCAAGGACAGCAAGCUGAGAAUGAAAUGUGAUGAAAAUGUUCUUGUACUUGGUAUGAAGAUCCACAACCAGGCUGAAGCCUCCGCUGGUUCCGGUGAAGUCAUCAUCAAAAUAGAGACCAAUGGAGAUCAUUUUGAUAACCGUGUUUACUCUUUGUUGAUUGCCUCUCUUGAUAAGAAAGGUCUUUCUGUAAACUGCAACGCCAACAUGAAGCUUCUUGAGAAUGAGGCUGUGCACAAGACCAGCCUGGCAAUAAAUGGGGAUGGUCUAAGUACAAAUGGAACAACCACUCUCAGUGGCUCUCUGUUAUUGGAAAACACCUUUGAUGCUGUUAUUGAUGCUACAAGGGCCACUUUGUCCAUUUCAAACAAAGCUGAAAUGAGUGAUAUCAAGGUUGAUAAUGCCAAUACUCUUACCAUGACUCUGUCUAGUCUUGACUUCCAAUCAAAGGCUAAAGCUAGUGAGACUGGGUAUGAACCCUACACUCACAAUAUCAUCUUCAACCUAAAACCCUACAGUGCUUCUGCAAAUGUUGACAACCACUUGGAAUUUCUAGCCAUCAGCUUGGACAGUGAAGCUCUAUUUCAGGCAGAACCUUACAAGAUGGACCUGACUGGAAACAUGAAGGCCACAUAUGACCAGGAAGAGAUCAAGCACACCUACCAGAUUAACUAUGCUGAUCUGAGUGCUAAUGCAAAGUGCAGCACCACCGGAAAACUCUUUGGCACUCACAUGAAUCACAAUACUGAACUUGAAAUUGUAGGUCUUGCUGCCAAGUUCACCAAUGAUGCCCGCUUCAGCUCACAGCCAAUACGCUUUGACCACAACAUUCGCUGGAGCAUUGUUCCCUUUGAUUUCAACCUUAAUGCCAUUUUCAAUGCUGAUGGAGAUGUGAUGGUGUAUGGAAAACACAGUGGUCAGCUUUAUAGUAAACUCCAACUCAGAGCACAACCCUUGGCUUUUGCCAGCUUACAUGAAUGCAGAGCAUCAACAACUCAGCAGCUGGAUAAUGGUUUCUCUCUCGAAACGUCAUAUGACUACAAGAUGGAUACUCUUCUGUCACCCCAAGAGCAGAAAACUGGUCUUAAAUUUAAAACUAAAAUGAAUGAGCAUGCUUUGAUUCAGGGCAUAGAAGUUUACAAUACUGCAGAGAAAAUGGGAAUUGAGCUGUCUGGCUCCAUACUUACAAACAUCAUCAACACAGCCUCCCCUGACAACCAGGAGUUCACCAUCUCUGGCUUCCUCAAGUAUGACAAGAGCACAGACAGUCAUAUUAUUAACUUCCCUCUGAUUGAAAGUCUUCCCUUUUUCUUGGAGAGCAUCAAGGAAGUAGUUGUGUAUGUGGCAGAAGCUCUGCGAGAUAUCAUCAACCAUGAGGAUGUGAGGGCUAGACUUGAAGCUCUUCCUCAGCAAAUAAGUGACAUAGUGGCUGAAAUCGAUCUGGAGGGCAAGGUAAAUCAACUGAAGCAUUUUUUCAAUGACUUUACCCAAAGCUUUAAUGUUACACUUGAAGAUGUGGAACUAUUUUUGAAUGACCUGAGGAUGACAGUUGAGAAUGUACUAAAUGAUAUAAAUUUUAGCAUCCAAAGUGUAGCUGAUAAAAUCAGUGAUGUUAUUUAUAGUAGCACCUUUUAUGAAACCCUCAGUCAAGAGAUAGAGGAAGUAGUGAAAGACAUUGAUGACAUCAAACUUGUGGUUGUGUAUUGGAUGGAUAAUAUAGGCGAGAUGAUCCAGCAGAUUGACCUGGAAAAACUGAAAGGCAGCAGUAUUCAAUUCCUGUAUGAUAUUGAAGUCCAGUAUAAGACCAAAGUGAAAGUACAGACCAUUAUAGCUUACGUCAGAGAAAAAAUUGACAGUUUUGAUGUGUCAGACUUUGUGAAGGAAAUGAAAGAAUUCAUUUCUUUUUCACAAGAUUUGUUCAUAAGUCUCAUAAAAGAAUUUGUCGUUCGCACGCCAAAAGAAAUUUUCCGUAGAACAACACAAUACAUGGUAAUGUUGACAGAUAAGCUUGACAUUGUUGGAAAGAUCAAUUAUGUAUAUGCCAAAUUGAACGUAUUGCUUGUACAACUUGAGGUUAACAAAAAUGCUCAAGUUGUUUUAGAAAAAGCUGUGGACCUUAUCAAACAACUUAAAAUGGAGGAAACCAUCAAUGGAAUGGUUCAAAGAGUGAAGGAGGCAGACAUUCCCAACAUAUCCAUGAAAAUCUUACAAAUUAUUAUUGACAUUUUAAAAGCAAAUGAAAUUAAAGACUUGAUUGAACAUUUAAAUGUGUAUAUUGAAACUUUGGUGCAAGAACUGAAGUCUCUGAAUUACAAUGACUUGGUGAAUCACAUCAACGCAAUCAUUGAGGAGUACUCAAGUUUUCUGAACGAAAUAAUCAAGACUUUUGAAAUCCCCCAGAAACUUGAGGCAGCACGACAAUUUGUCAAUACAGUUUUAUCUUCAAUUCAAGACUUAGUGGAACAUUUGAGAGAAAUAAAAGUUGCAGAAAUGAUUCAUUUUGCAAAGGAUAUUUGUGAAAAAGUUGUUUGUGAUUCCCUUAAGAAGUUUGCUGAAUACAUAAAAAAGGAAAUCGAACAUGUUGACUUCAGAGAAAGUCUGAGUUAUUUGCUGGAAAUAGUGCAGUUCUUUUACACGUUGCCUGUAGCAUUAACAAGUGAAACCUUCAACGUAGUUUUUAGGGAAAUUGAGAAAGUGUUGCCUGAUGAAAAAAUCAUUCAUGAGAUUGGGGAAAUUAUAGAAACAUUUUUUAAAGAACUGAGGUAUAAUACGGUCUACACUCCAUCCUUCACAGUACCUUUUACAAAUCUUGUUGUGCCAUCCAAGAUGGUCAGCCUAAAUUGGUAUAAACGUUGGACAAUUCCGUCAGAGAUUGACAUCCCUGAGUUCAUCAUCCUGGGCAGGUACACUGUAACAGCAACCACACUUUCCUUUAAAGAUAUCAACCAGAAGAUCAUUGAGCUUAUUGAUUUAAUUUUGAAAUUUAAAAUUGAAACAUUUGAUGUAGAUGCCUUCUUUGGAGAUCUGACUUUGAACUUCCUCCCUAGCUUGCCUGAAAUCAGUUUGCUAGAAUUCACUUUUCCUGAGGUUGCAUUCCCUACUAUUCCACAAUUACCUGUAGAGGAGCUUGUUAAGACUCUUGAGAUUCCUGAAAUCAAGCUGCCAGUCAUUCCAAAGGCGAUCAUGGUUCCAUGCUUCGGUAAACUUUACGGUCAGAUUAAACUCCACACUCCCAUCUAUACUGUCAAGACAUCUGCUGAGUUUCAGAAUGCCACUCAGAACAGAAUGACACCUCUGUUCACUGGAUUCUUCAAUUCGCAGGGCACCGCUCCCAAUUUUGAAUUCCUCAAUUACCAGCUUGACACCAGCACUCGUAUUGCAGUCCCAAAAAUGAAACGCAUUGUCUUUGCAGAGACUGUAAAGUUUGAUCAUGUUGCUCUUGGAGCCGAGCAUCAAGCAUCCGUGACUCUGUACGGUCUAUCAGCUCAAGCCCAAGCAAAAACCACAGUUAAAGUUGAUACUGAAUAUUACACUGCCAAUUUGAUGAAUACAGCCUUUAUUGCUGUGGAAGGAGGAAUGACUGCCACUGUUGAUACAACCUACACCCAUACAGUGCAGAUGCCAUUUGUGGAUGUCCCAGACGUGGUUUCUGUAAACCAAAAGAUAAUAGCUCAGCAAGAUGGCUUCACUCUCAGACUGACAGCUGACAAUUCUGCAAAUGGAAAGUGUAGUGAUAUCAACCUUAAGUGUUAUGGUAUGAACCAUGUAAGCAGUUUGCAGCUAUCAGUCACCCCUAAGAUUGCCAGUCUGAUAUUAUCUGGUGACACAGACCUUGCAGACAUAAAGAUGAAACAGCACAUUACAGCCGAAUCAGGCACUUUCAGUUACUUCAAGUUCAAUGUGAGCAACAAGGCAGAGGCACCAGUAAUCAAGAACAGUCUCCUAGUGGCAUCUGGACUUGCCAGUAUUAAUGAUAUGAAGAUUGAAAUUAAAGCAAACCACGAGACAGAACUGCAAGGUGCAGAGAGUGGAGUCAGCUCCAAUGUAGUCAACUUUAAAAUCUGUCCUGCUGAAUUUGUCUUUGAGUUCCUAAACAGGGCAAAUGCCAAGAUCAACAUUUUCAAAGACCUGUUUGCUAAACUAGAACUGCAGAAUGAUUACUUGGUUAACUUGGGUCCUGAUGGACAAAAGAUAAACAGAUUCUUUCUAGCUCGUCUCAAUGAGUACAAAAUGUUUUUCAAUGUCACUCUCAAUAAUAACAGAAAUGAAGCUGGAAUAUUUUUUGAAACAGAAAGUCAUGCCGAUUUGUUUUUCCUGAAAGUCCCAUUCAGCGUUCCUGAGAUUGAAAUACCUUUUGUUGACAUCCAUACUCCAGCUUUCAGUGAUUUGAACUUGUAUGAGCAGACUGGACUUCAGAACAUUUUGACAACAACUGAGCAAACUCUUUCUGUGGAUGCCAAGGUUCUUUAUCAGAAAAGCAAGGCUGCCCCACUUGUUGAUAUAAUGGGUCUGAUUCACAUUCCCUCUAUGGAUAGAGUGACCACAGACCUGUCUUUCAGGUCUGCCAUCUUUGAUCUGAAUGCCAAUGCUCUCCUGUAUGCUGAAGAUGGUCUUUUCAUCCGCCUGGGAGCUAACACUGUCUCUGCGUUUGAUUAUCUGGUAGCCAAACUUGAAGGCACCACCAUUCUCACCACCAAAAAAGGAAUUAAGUUGGCCAGCAGCAUCUCCCUGAAAAACCAACACAUUGAAGGCACACAUGCCAGCACCAUCAGUAUGAGCACAGAAACUUUCGAAACUGCUGUCUCUGUAGCUUCAGUAGGGAAGAUUACUCUGCCAAUACUCAACCUGGAAGCAAAUCAAAAUCUGAUUGCAAACACCAAGCCCAGAGCCAAUGCUCAAACCUCCUUCCAAAUUAAGGGCGAUUUCAAUAUCCCUAAGAUAAACGCCAUUGGAAAGGCCGAAGCAAACCACACUCUAAAGCUGGAAGUAAACAAUGAACAUGUUUCAGUGGAGUCAUCUGUUAAGUCUAACAUGAAUGGCAGAGUUUUUGAAAACUAUCUAAUUCUAGGAGUUCUGGAUAAUGAAGCUAAUUUGUACCUAAGUGAAAACAGCUUCCGUUCUACUUCCAAAGUUACAGCUGAUGCCAAGCUUAACCAUGGCACAACCAAAGUUAUUGGAAUGGAUGUGAACAACAAUAUGGCUGCUGAAGCCUCCAAAGGACGUCUAUUUGCAGAGAUGAGGCAUUCAUGUAACAACGAUGCAAAUUUAUUCAAUUUUAAAACCAAAGGAAAGCAUAACAUCCAGGCUACUAUUGACCUUGCACCAAUUUCUUCAUUGACUGCUGAUAUUGAAAUUGAUAUGGCUCAGCAAUGCAAUCAUGGUGAUCUAACUUACUUGGAGAAGAUUGUUGCUGAGGUGGCCACUUCUAAGCAGAAGAUCUCUUCAGUUGUUAAAUUUGUUAGCCCAGUGUACAUCACAAACAUGGAAGCUGAAAUGGAGGGUAAUGCUCCUGUCUUCAAGAUCAAAUUUAAGUCUUCAGCCACUUCUCCCAUUGUGAUACUGCAAUAUGACUUGGAUGCUCAUUCCACCACAAACUUUGAGAAUGACCUUGUGAAAAUGGUUAGUAAGCUUGCACUGGCUCAUACUGAUCUCACCAUGGAUGUUAACCAUGCCAUCAUUCAAGCUCUGAGGCAAAAGCGUCAAGCGGAUGAAAGUGUCCCCCACCACACCUUGAAUGUUGACAUUACAAGUCCAACUUUCACCGAUGUUAACCUUCGCUACGCUUCACACAGAGAUGCUAUCAGUGCCUCAGUAUCUACUCCAACUGCCGGUUUUCUUGGCCUUCAGCUUAACCCAUUUCAGAUGAGUGCAAGAUUCUAUGGACGAUCUCCUACUACUCUGGAUACUGAUGUUGAACUCUUGCAAGUCAGACCUUCUAAGGAUGCAGACAAGACCAACUUGCAGAUUAUCUAUAACAUAGAGGCUCAGAAGGCAAUUGUUUCUGAGCUCAAGACAAGACUUCCCUCCAUUAUCUCCUCAUUUAAAGCGUUUGCAGACAAAUACCAUGUCACAAGUUCUGUGGAGUUGCUGAAGGAAUCCAUCAAUGAAGCCUACAAUGUUGCUGUCAACUAUGAUGUUCAAAUGAGCCAGAUUUCAAUUUUCUUCAGGAACACUAUUGUACGGUACCAAAAAGCUGUCAAGACCUUCCUUGAUGCUGUCAUCAAAGUCCUGAGAGAGACCCGCUUUAAACUGCCCGGGUCUGAUGAGAUGAUAACUCUCCCUGAGCUCCAAAAGAGGCUGACCACUAUCGCUGCUAAUAUGCUAGAUGUAACUGUCCAGAAUAUUCAUGAGAAUAUGGAAUUGUACUGCAACUAUUUUGUAGAGAAGAUAGGCAAUGUUGAAGUGGCAAAGUACGAUGGUGAAGUAAUUACUGGAAGCCAGAUAAUAGAUGAGGUUAAAACUGAAGUUAAAGAUAUCUUUGAUGAUGUGGUGGACAUUUUGAAAAAUUUGGAAAGUCUUGACGAAAUGCUGGAAGAGAUAAGUGACACUCUGGAGGUAUUUGUUGAGACAACUCAGGAGUUUGUUGAUUCGCUCAAGUCUGACUAUUUAGAUGAAGUGUUCACUGACGUCAAUGAGAUCUACGGCACGGUUGUCACAGCAGUUGGGAACUUUGCUGACCAGAUCCCUCCUUUCAGCAUGGAGGAGUUAAGCAGAGUGUGUGAGUCCAUCAUGAACACCAUCAUUCAACUCAUAGACCAGUUCAGUGAUGAGGUUUUUAGUUAUCUGCUGCAAACUUCAGAGGAAGUCCAAGUCUCCAUGACAGUCAGAGAUGGAAUGCUUGAAAUUACCCUUCCACUUGAUUUCCAGCAUUAAGUAGUCCUUACAGACUGAUAAAUAACACAUUACCAUUUGUUCAGUACAAAUCAAAGAUGUGGACAAUUUAACUAUUUAUAGCAACAAGAUAGAAACCCCUGUUUCUCAUUUACUAGAGAAUGUUCUGUACAAACACGGAAUUUGUUGUAUUUUACUGGGACUCAUUUCAGUCAGGGGACAAGUACGAAUAAAAGUCAACAAGUCAA